GGCUAAUUAUUUAUUGGUAGCUGUAAUCUAAUUUGUCUUUUUCAUCUUCUGUUUAGCAAGAGGAACAGAGAUCAGGUCUUAUGGCAAUGACCCCUGAACGGCAGAAUGCAUAUAUCUCCCAACAGAUGAGUCCAUUUCAAGCCGUCCAAGAACAAGUCACCUCCAAGUGUAGCCGGAUCAAGGCAAGCCCCCCAUCUAGCAAGCACUUGAUGCCACCCAGAACUGGGCUCCUUCAGAACAAUCUGAGUCCAGGAAUGAUCCCACUCACCAGGCACCAGAGCUGCGAGGGCAUGGGAGUGAUCUCACCAACUCUGGGGAAGCGCCAAGGAAUUUUCACCUCCAGCCCCCAGUUUCCCAUCCUCUCACACUCAGGCCAGACUCCCCUGGGCAGUCUUGGCUCUGUCUGCCAGCAUACGCAGAGUCCCAAGGCCACCCCACCAGAAGUGCCCCUGCCUGGGUUCUGUCCCAGCUCCCUGGGCACCCAGUCCUUGAGUCCCCACCAGCUCAGACAGCCUAGUGUGCCAAGAAUGCCCACUGCGUUCAACAAUGCUGCAUGGGCCACAGCGGCAGCAGCUGUGACCACAGCAGUUUCGGGGAAAACACCCCUCAGCCAAGUGGAUAAUAGCGUUCAGCAGCAUUUUGAUAGCAACUCCAUCUUUGCCAAGGCGCCUGUGAGAGUGCCUCUGGUGGCCCCAGUGUUCCCAUCGCAGCGGGCACUUGCGCCUCCCAAUCAGAUGGCCUCUGAAGGCAGGCCUGGCCAGAAGGUGAGUGCUGCUCUGGCCAACAACCCCAGCUUCAGCCUGCUGCGCAGCCAGAGCCUCAGGCAGAGCCCAGUGCGGGGCCCGGUGCCUGCAGCAAACACCACCAAGUUCCUCCAGCAGGGUAUGGCCAGCUUUAGUCCCCUGAGCCCCAUACAGGGCAUCGAGCCACCAAGCUAUGUGGCUGCUGCUGCCACCGCUGCUGCUGCUUCUGCCGUUGCUGCCAGCCAGUUCCCAGGUCCGUUCAACAGAAUGGGUAUUCGCCCUGAGCUGCCACCUGCCGACUUUUUGCGCCAGCCCCAACCCCCACUAAAUGAUCUGAUUUCGUCACCUGACUGCAAUGAGGUAGAUUUCAUUGAAGCUCUCCUGAAAGGCUCCUGUGUGAGCCCAGAUGAAGACUGGGUGUGCAACUUGAGGCUGAUCGAUGACAUUUUGGAACAGCACACUGCUGCUCAAAAUGCCACAGCCCAGAAUUCUGGACAAGUCACCCAGGAUGCUGGGGCACUUUAAAUCUGAGCAGGAUGCCCAUAGAAGCCCCCAUGGUGACAUCACUCUAGGAAGUGGUGUCAAUCCAUACCCGCAGUUGUCUCCCAUUACAAUUUGAGUGGUGUUGUCAGCCCAUGCUUAUCCCUCUCUCUACCUGUGACAAAAUGGAAAGCUGGUGAUUUUUCAAGCUACGUGUACAUAUUUGAAAAUUUUGUAAAUGGUUUUCCUAAACAUUAAUGACAGAAGUAUUUAUACUUCAUUUUGUGACUUUGUAAAUAAAGCGACGGCUUUUGUUUCAGUAGAGUUGUGUUUACUAUGCAUUGUUUUGUGUUUAUUAUACAAUGUUACAAAUAUGCAGACUGUGUUGUUUGCUCCAGUGAUACCUUGUUAAGCUAGGUGGCUGAGUCGCUUAUGGUUUUAAUGCAAUGAGCAAUGUGGAUGUGACCAAGAGUUGUUGUGCAAGUUGACAAAUGCCAAAUAGAAAACCACUUGGCCAUUUAUUUCUAUGUUCACUAAAAAUCCUAUUGCCUUGUGUGAUUCUUAAUCUCUUUUGCAAACCUUUCAGUCUCCGCUAGCUCUUUCCUAAUGAGCAUUUACAGCAGAAGCCGUUUUAUCGUUAAGUGCCCCACAGGGACACUUUACCAGGAGGCUGAGAGAGUUCUCCAGAUCUGGGAGAGGCGCAGAGAGAGUGUGUGAGCCGAGCCCUGUCUCAGCAAUCCACCUUGAGGAACUAGAGUAUCCUCCUCCCUUUACCAUUCAGACCGAGAGAAAAAGCCCAGCUUGUGUGCACCCUCGUGGGGUGAAGGCGAGCUGUUCCUGGUUUAAAGCCUUUCAGUAUUUGUUUUGAUGUAAGGCUCUGUGGUUUGGGGGGGAACAUCUGUAAACAUUAAUAGUUGAUUUGGGGUUUGUCUUUGAUGGUUUCUAUCUGCAAUUAUCGUCAUGUAUAUUUAAGUGUCUGUUAUAGAAAACCCACACCCACUGUCCUGUAAACUUUUCUCAGUGUCCAGACUUUGUGUAAUCACAUUUUAAUCGCCACCUCGUAUUUCGCCUCUACAUUUGAAAUCUGGCGUCUGUUUCGAGCCAGUGUGUUUUUUCUUCGUUCUGUAAUAAACAGCCAGGAGAAAAGUG